UGUUCAUUCACGUAACUAUUAUUUAAAUUCAUGAGUGAGCAACUCCGAUGAAGUGUUUGCUUUGUGUCAAAUAGAACUCGAAAUUUUCCUUUGUAGAGAAACAAAGAGUCAGGUACCUUUUAUGUCAGAAUAGCGGUCGAAAAACCGGCAUUUCAAAGUAUCCACGAAGUCAGAGUCCGUGAAGUGAACGGAAAAUACAACGAUUAUUCCUUUCAACGGAAUCCAAGAUUGCCCAGAUUGCCACUAGCUUGACGUGAUCUCAUGACGCACUUGAACUACACUCUCACGCCGAAAUUAACAUCAAUGAGCCGCAGAAAAUUAUUCGUCCGUACGAAUGCAUUUUUGUUCGUGCUGGUGUUGGCGUUCGUCUUCCUGUGCGUGCGUUACUUGCCGGCACGAGGAUGCUGGACGAACGAGUCUUCCAAGACAGAAAGUAAAACUAAAUACAGACUGAUCGUUCUAAUCCUUAGCAGCCCGGACAAUCUGGAACGCCGGGAUACUAUCCGCAAGACCUGGUUGGUGGAUUACCAUGCCACGGUGCGCCACUUAUUCGUCAUCGGCACCCUGGACAUUUUGCCGGAACAAAGAAACACGCUACUGUCGGAGAAGGAUAAAUUCAAUGAUCUGCUACUGUUACCUAGACUUCAAGACUCCUACAGCAUGCUGACGAAGAAGAUGCUACAUGCACUCAAGGCUACCCACGAGCGUUACGAUUUUGACUUCUUGCUUAAAUGCGACGACGACACCUACGUGCUGGUGCACAAAAUCCUGAAAGAACUUGACAGAUGGGAGAACAGGGGCACCAGGCGAGAGCUCUACUGGGGCUUCUUCAACGGCCGGGCGCAGGUGAAGAGGAGUGGUCCGUGGAAAGAAACUGAUUGGAUUCUCUGUGAUUAUUAUCUCCCGUAUGCUCUGGGAGGCGGCUACGUCUUAUCCUACAAUCUGGUCAAAUUUAUUGCAAGCAACGUGGAUAUCCUCAAGCUGCACAAUUCGGAGGACGUGUCCAUUGGUCUCUGGUUAGCACCAUUGGCGAAUAUUGAGAGAAAACACGAUGUACGUUUCGACACGGAAUAUAGGUCGCGCGGCUGCUCCAAUCAGUACAUAAUCACUCACAAGCAAACUAUUCAGAAUAUGAAGAGCAUGCAUGAGUAUUAUCAAGCUUCUGGGGUGUUAUGUUCGAAGGAAGUGAGAAAUCGUAUGAGUUAUCAGUAUAACUGGACCGCACCGCCUAGUCAAUGCUGCAACAGACAGUCGGGUAUUCCCUGAGACGCUAGAAGAGAAGCAUCGUUCUAGUCCCAUCUUUUGAUAUUCGCUCAAUAUUCUCACGUCGUUAUUUAUUCUGUAAGUUUGUAAUCGCACGCGCUGAGCGUUUUUCUAGUAUUCUUAUUUAUUUAUAUAUUUGCUAGAGUAGCAUUACAUUAAGAUUAUGAACGAUUAAUGGCCCAUUACAAUCUCAAAAAGCGCAUGCUAAAAUUUGUAUAAAGCAAUACUGAAAUUGAAAAUCAGAUAAAGAGAGUUAAGAUCGAAAUUAGUUAAUUUGUCGAAUUCUAAUUUCUAAUUAGAUUCCGCAAUAUGAUAUUCAACAACUAGCCUGACAUGGACUUAAUAAGUGCUGUUGAGCAACAUAAAAGAGCUGUAGAGAGUUGUUAAUUGCGAACUCGCGACGUUCUUUUAAUAAUCGAGACGAUCGACGAUUUCGUAUACAUUUGGAUCUACAUAUUAUUCGAGAAAUUGUUACACGACACUACUAUAAUUAACUGACAACGCUUGUAAAUACAUUUUGUAAAUAUUUAGCGAUGGAUAUAGAUAGAUUAUCGGGAGUUACGUUUCCAUAAACCAAAUAUAUAUUUUUCAAUCAUA